UCUACUCUUCCUCCUCAGCGACUUCCUCACUCUUUGCAGCUUCGUCGAAGCGCAAUAUUUCCACGUCACGAGAAUUUAGAAGCAAGGGACAAAAGCUGCAAAAGUCAAUGAGCCAGGUUUAAUGCAUCAUUUCCAAAUCAAAAACUACUAAGAAUAAUUGUUGACAUUGCGGCGAUGCCGCGCGUGCUGUCAUUGUGUCCGUGGACAUGCUUCCUGAACGUAGGAAUGUCAAUGUUAAUCUGUCCAGGUUAAGUUGUGACAGUCGUGCACUUAUGAGUAUGACGUGUCCGUUCAACUGGGGGGAGUGUCAUGUAUGAGGUAGUUUUGUCCUGACAAAACGCCCGGUGGUCAAAGGUUCUGAAACGAAUGAGCGAAGACAUGUCAUUGUGAUAAAUAAUAAUGUUGACGUUUUUUAAGGGCAGAAGACGAGUUUGUUGUUAUUAUUAUACGUGAAAACUGAAAAUCGAAUGACAAAUUGUUUGUUUUGUUUUGUGAUGACCUAUAUUUUUGAGGUUAGAAUCGUGUCAUUCUAUAAAAUUUCAACGAAUCUUCAAAUUGUUGCUGACUUAAUUAC